AUGGGCUCCAGCGACUUGCUGAAACUACUAUCCGGCGGGUCACAGGACGACCUCAUCUCCCUAGUGCAGACUUUCGUUGGAAUGACCUUCCUCCGGAAGUCCAGCUCCGAGUUCUACAAUUUUCGGGCCCUCGUCGCUCCUCAAUCAAUUGAAUGGACCGAGGGUAUUGGCCCAGAUGCACAAGGUAGUUGCAGGAGCUGCACUGAUAUACUAGUGGCAUUUCGCGAGCAGGCACUCGAGGUGUUCUACGGUCCCAAUGUAUUCAUGGCUACCUCAGAGGAAUAUCGGACUGUGGAUGACAAUCAAGAUAUCAUGAAAGUUGAUCACCAAUCGGCUCUAGCUUUCAUCAUGUCUGUGCCAAAGGAAGUCUUGCGGCAUUUACGAAGCCUACUGAUCAUGUUCUCUAGCUAUGCUUCUAUGAUGCUCCCUCCGGGGCUUGGAUUGUUUGCUAUAUGGAGGGAAGCCCUCGAGUAUAUGGAAACGAAUCUGUCCCUAUCCCGGUCAAGCGUCACGAUCUGA